AAUUGAAUUAUUAGAUUAUUGAGGAGAUUAUGUGUAUAUGCAGCUCGACCGAAGACAUUGACGCCAUCCUUCUCAAUACAGAGGAAUGUUUCUAGGGUGUGGACAGAGGAGCGAGAAACUGUGAUAUUUAUUAUAGGGAUGGAAGAUUGAAAAAAAUGGUCGAUGACUUUCGGGGGGGGAGAAAUCCCGCCAGCGAAGAAAGGACCAAACCAAUAUUUAAGUAUUUAACCACGAAACUGGUAUCUUUUAACAAGCUCGAUCUAACAUUCUUAAUUUCUGUCUUCAUAUGCGAUUAUUCUCCAAAAGAAACAAUAUCCACAGAUACUCAUAAACAUACCCAAUGCUCCGCUCCAUUCUCCCGCGCCAGAAUCAUCUUCUGCUGCUAACCGGACAGCUCCGCUCCAUCUCCAGCGCAACCACCAUGUCGUCUACGCCGAUGGAAGAUGCCAUCCGCGAGAAGCUCCAACAAACCCUCCAACCCUCCACCCUCAUAAUCCGGAACGACUCAAAACUCCACGCCCACCACGCCCCCAUGCGCGGUAACACAUCGACAGAGACGCAUUUUCACAUCACAGUAACAUCACCCUCGUUCGUAGCCAAGACGCAAGCCGCACGCCAUCGCAUGGUUUAUGCCGCGCUGAAGGAGGAGUUGGCGCGGGAAGGGGGAAUCCAUGCCUUGCAGUUGAAAACAAGGACAGUGGAGGAGGAGGCGAGGGAUCAGGAGCUGGGGACGAAGGAGAAGGAGGUUGAGGCGGGGGAGUGAGAGGGUUAAACGUGUGCUGGAUGUGGAUAUGGAUGUGAGUGGGUUAAUAUAUCUAUACAUCUACAUGAAGACGAAGUGCGCCGUCUUAACUGUAACAAUAAAAUAGCGAGCUAUCUGAAUAAACAACUGUAUAGGAAUAAAUUCUACUCUUGGACCUGGAGCUCUUGCCAUUCUCAUAUACAGAGGUAUAUUAUAUAUAUAUAACUCGUUCCAGUCUUCCCGUUGGGUACGUGUCAAAGCUAUAAAAUUCCCCACUACGAGCCUCUUCGUUUUUCGAAGAGUGAUCAACCGGAAACGAGAGUCGGUUGGUAAAAAUAUGAUUCAAUAGAAAAUAUACAUAUAUAAUCCGCAAAAGUAGUUAAUACAAAAGAGAUAUCUAAUCCAAUGGAUGGCAGGCGAAGACGAGCAAAAAGAGAUUAAAAGAACAGGCAAUGACGAAGGAUGGAAUUCAGUAGACAGUAAAAUUGAAAACACAGCAAGGAGAACAAAGUCAGAAUGCUAAGAAAUAAAAUAGAGUUGAAUGGGAUAUUACUAUGUGUUGAGUUUCGU